AUGAGAUUCUCUCUCUUUCUCUGCCUCAAGGCCGCUCUUGCGGUAGCCACUCCUUCCUUCUUUUCAAAGAGUCCGAUUGAAGCUCAGGGCUCUUUGGCAAUCGAAGACUGUCAGAUCCGGUGCCCCACAAGCACAGAUCCAGGUCAGGUGGUGCUUCCGGCCCUUACACAGUUCAAAAAUGCGUCUGGGCACUGGGAGAAUACGAUUGAGUGCUGGCAGGUUGAUACAAUCUCCACCAACCUUCCUGGAAUCGACAACGCCUUUCGGAUUGAUUGGGAGGGCGGCUUCGAUGCUGCCUACCAGUACAUCUUCUAUGGCCAGUCCUUCAUGCCCGCCCAUCCCGCACCCGAGCCAUCUCUCAUCCUGAUGAGCGCUGGUAUUGGAGAUUUAAGAGUCCCGUCUGGGCGUUGUCUGCGCGUCGGUGCAGGGGACAUCUUCUUCAGUGUUGGUACCGACGGCAGACAAACAGCGUGGUGGUCUGAAGGAACUGUAGUUUCAGAUUUCUACUUCAAGGGCGGAAAGAUCCCGGAUCAUGUUGUUGUUUCCGAAGUGGAGGCAGGAAAGAGCACGUUUGUUACGCAAGUUUCAGAUGGCGAACUUUGA